CUUCUGCUUGUUUCUGUCUGCAGCCGACAUGAAGCUCUACCACCGCUGCUUGGUCCUCCUGCUCCUCUUCGCCUCCGUCUCGGCUCACAGGGACUUCUUCACCUCCAUCGGUCACAUGACGGACCUGCUGUUCAUGGAGAAGGACCUGGUUUCCUCUCUGAAGGACUACAUCAGAGCAGAGGAGGACAAACUGCAGCGAAUCAAACGGUGGGCGGACAGACUGGACGCCCUGUCAGCUGCUGGCUCUCAGGAUCCUGAAGGUUUCCUGGGUCACCCGGUGAACGCCUUCCAGCUGAUAAAGAGGCUGAACACGGAGUGGGCGGAGCUAGAGAGCCUGGUACUGACUGACGUGUCCGACGCGUUCGUCUCCAACCUCACCAUCCAGAGGCAGCACUUCCCAGGCGAUGACGACCAGACGGGAGCAGCCAAAGCUCUGAUGAGGCUGCAGGACACCUACCAGCUGGAGACGGAGGCCAUCUCCAGCGGGCGGCUGCUCGGCUCUGAGGCGCUGCUGAGCAGCAGGCUGACCGUAGAGGACUGCUUUGACCUGGGGAGGGUGGCGUACGCCGAGGUGGAUUAUUACCACACGGAGCUGUGGAUGGCGCAGGCCUUAAAGCAGCUGGACCGAGGGGAGCGGUCCGGCACCGUGGACGCCGUCGCCAUUCUGGACUACCUCAGCUACUCCGUCUACCAGCAGGGGGAGCUGGAGAGAGCGCUCGACUUCACUAAGAGGCUGCUAGAGCUGGAUCCAUCCCACCAGCGGGCCAAUGGCAACCUGAAGUACUUUGAGUACCAGCUGUCCAAACAGAGGAAGAUGGAGGAUGAUGAUGAGGAGCAGCGGAGGUUAAAGAAGGAGAACCGGGGUCGCCGUGACGACUACCUGCCUGAGAGGAAUCAUUACGAGAAGCUGUGCCGCGGCGAAGGCGUCCUGAUGACUCCUCGCAGGCAGAGCCGCCUCUUCUGCCGUUACUAUGACAACGGACGGCACCCCAAGUUGGUGAUCGGACCGGUGAAGCAGGAGGACGAGUGGGACAGCCCGCACAUCGUCCGUUACCAUGACAUCGUGUCACGCAGAGACAUGGAGAAGGUGAAGGAGCUGGCCAAACCCAGGCUCCAUCGAGCCACCAUCUCCAACCCGGUCACCGGCGUCCUGGAGACGGCCCACUACCGCAUCAGUAAGAGCGCCUGGCUGGGAGCCUUCGAGCAUCCUGUGGUGGAGAAGAUCAACCAGCGGAUCGAGGCCGUCACGGGGCUGGAUGUCAGCACGGCGGAGGACCUGCAGGUGGCGAACUACGGCGUAGGAGGACAGUAUGAGCCUCACUUUGACUUUGGACGGAAAGAUGAGCCGGAUGCGUUUGAGGAGCUGGGAACCGGGAACCGGAUCGCCACCUGGCUGCUCUACAUGAGCGACGUACAGGCAGGGGGCGCCACAGUCUUCACGGACAUUGGUGCUGCCGUCCAACCGAAAGAGGGCUCAGCCGUGUUCUGGUUUAACCUGCAUCCCAGUGGAGAGGGCGACUAUCGGACCCGACACGCUGCCUGCCCGGUGCUGCUGGGAAACAAAUGGGUUUCCAACAAAUGGAUCCAUGAACGGGGCCAGGAGUUCAGGAGGCGCUGCGGCCUUCGCUGGAUCGACUGACACUCCAUCCUCUCAAACCUUCUCCUCAUCUGGGCUGAGAGCUCAUCUGUGUGUGUGUGUGUGUGUGUGUGUCAGAACUUCCUGCCUCAGAGCAGCUAAAACAUCAGCUGGGGAUUGAAAUUCCCAUGAUGCAAAGUGCCAAUUAGAUUAAGCUCCACCCACUCCUCUGCAAAGAUGUUUACACUCCAGAACGAAUCUACAAACUACUGAUUAGACUCGCAGGAGGAGGCCGUUAGCAGCCGGAUCGAUCUGGAUUUUAACAGAUUAGAGAUGAUUUUCGAUAAGAUUAAAAAUGAGGAAACGUCCUUUGGAUGCUGGGGGGUGACCAGCUGCCCCUCCCCCUCAUCAUGGUGGCAGAGAUGCACACAGGAAGGGGACGUCUCACUCUACCAACUCCAGGUUCAUCAAUAUCGAUCAGUGAUCAUGUGCUUCGGCUCAGACCGCCUCUGGUUCUGCUGCCGAUUAGAACCGGGUCGAUAAGUUGGAAUCAGUUUCAGGAAACAUCAGGAUCAUUUAGAGCCAUUCUGUUUGGUUGGUUGUUUUUUUGGGUUAAUUCUUUGGUUUUAACUCAGUUCUUAUUGAAGCUGCAGGGAAAACAAAGGUUCUGCAGAGCUGGUCUGGUCCGUCUCAGAAACUGUUGAAUCAUGGCGUUCACAUUCUAGAUCUGCAACUCUUAUUCUUUUGAAACAAUAGAGGUCAAAGCUGCACUUUAUUAAAGGAAAAGUUCGGUCAGCGAGGAAUAAUCAAUGGAUCAUUAUUUAUACCUAAAACUAAUAAGUUCAUGGUGAUUUAAUUGUUUUAGCGUUAAACAG